GUAAGAGGUGUGAGAAAUUAUGAUAAAAUGUUUUAAAUAAACAUAUAAACAGAUGCAUUUAAAUUGAAAAUUAAUGAUUUGUGAGUUCGGUCUUUUUCAGAGGGCUUGUAUGGAAAGGGUUCUGAACUCACAUGUUGGUCAUUGUGUAUGUCUCUGUCUAAGAAUAUGUCCAGAAAAACAAAGACUGAAUUAUGAAUAAUGAUGUAUUUAUAUAAUGAUGUGUGCAAACAACAUGUAUUAUUCCAUAGUCUAAUCAGUGGCUAUAAGUAUGUUUGUUAUUUAUGCCCAAUUAUACUUUAUAGCUCAAUUGCAAAGCCAACAGUUGUUCUGGGGUGUUGACUUCUCAGUAGAACGUGUCACUUAUCAGUCUGAAUGAGAGAGUGGCGGUUUAGUGGUUACGAGGAGAACAGGUGAACAAGUCUGUUUCCUAACUGAAUAAUCGGGCCAACAAAUGAAUUCAGCUCGAAGUUAUUUAAGUUUAUUCACAUUUGUGCCGAAGAGAAUAGUAACUGUAAUCAAAUAAAAAAAAAACCUUACCACACUGAGCAGUCUGGGCAAUAGAUAAAUGGCGGACAAGCAGAUCAGUUUGCCUGCCAAAUUGAUCAAUGGGGGUAUCGCUGGCCUAAUUGGCGUGACCUGUGUGUUUCCCAUUGACUUGGCCAAGACUCGUCUACAAAACCAGCAGAAUGGACAGCGCCUUUAUACCAGCAUGUCAGACUGCCUUAUUAAGACCAUCAGGUCUGAGGGAUACUUUGGGAUGUACAGAGGAGCCGCGGUGAACUUAACUCUAGUAACGCCAGAAAAAGCCAUUAAACUGGCCGCCAAUGACUUCUUCAGGCACCACCUCUCCAAAGAUGGGAAGCUCACUCUGGCCAAAGAGAUGCUGGCAGGGUGUGGGGCAGGUACAUGCCAGGUUAUUGUCACAACUCCUAUGGAGAUGUUGAAAAUUCAGCUCCAAGAUGCUGGGCGUAUUGCUGCUCAGAGGAAACUGAUGCCGGAGACAGUAGCAGCGGGCACAGUGGAGACCAAGUCCCCCACUGCCAUGCAGAUCACCCGACAGCUGCUAAAGGAAAAGGGCAUUGCAGGACUGUACAAGGGCCUUGGUGCCACACUGCUGAGAGACGUGCCCUUCUCCAUCAUCUAUUUCCCACUUUUUGCUAACCUUAAUAAUCUGGGCAAGAGGGGCGUCGAGGGACCCGCUCCUUUCUACGUGUCAUUUAUAUCUGGCUGUGUGGCAGGGAGCACAGCUGCCGUGGCUGUAAACCCCGUAGAUGUGAUAAAAACACGUCUGCAGUCUCUGACCCGAGGCAGUACAGAGGACACAUACACCGGAGUGGGGGACUGCAUCAGUAAAAUAAUGCGAAACGAGGGUCCAACAGCCUUCCUGAAGGGAGCCUACUGCCGAGCCUUGGUCAUUGCGCCUCUGUUUGGCAUUGCCCAGGUGGUCUACUUCCUGGGUAUGGGUGAAUAUAUCCUCAGCUUCUUGCCCCAUAAAGACAAAUAAGAAGCAGCUCUUUCUGCCUUCCCCUCCCAUAAUGCAUUGUGGUCAGCUGCACAAGGAGGAGUCAUCUCAGUUUACUACAAGUAAAUGGGUCAAGGAGUGACCAUUAAGUCCAUUUUAUUUUGUUAUGUUGAAUGUGGAAAUGUUUUAGGAGGGAGCUUUUGUUUGCCAAGCUGCCUGUGUGGUGGCACACAACAUUCCAGAAGGCGGGCACAGCUAACUCUCUGGAAAUUAAGCCACAAUUUUUGAUUUUAAAGGAAGUUUGCUAUAUGAAGAUGUUAUUUGUGUUGUGAAGAAUUUUAAAUAUGAUUGUCACUAUCACAGUAGCCCUUGGUUGCUGCAGUACUGCACACUUAACCUAUUUUUUAUCAAAGAGCAUUAGGCUUAAUGAGAAAAGAUGAUCUAGAUAUUAUUCAUUGUAUCUAUCAUAAAUGUACAAACCAGACUGGAAUAAUAUAUUUAAAUUUUAAAGUUUAUGAGAUUAAACAUAUCUAUUUAUUAAGUCCCCCUGACCUUAAAGUCCUAUAAAGCAAAGUAUGUCUUAUGACAAAGUACUGGGGAUGUGUUAUGAUGCUCGCGUUCCCUCUGAUGUUUCCUGACAAGCCACAGCUCUUCCUGUAAGACUGAAGGGGCGCAGCCAUUCAGCACUCAGUAGACUUUAAUGCCCGGGCUUUUAACUAGAUCAGGUUUCAUCUGAAAUUAAGCAGUACCAUAAUAGUUGUCUACAAGAAGCCCAUGUAUUUCAAAAGACAAUACAUAAAAUUGGGCAUUACAACAUUCAUUCAAAGAUUCUCAAAUGUGUCACCAAAUGGUACAUGACUGAAUAUAAAAGUUUUAAAAUGAUGAUAAUAUAGUUUUAGUCACGCCCCAUUCGGUGACAUCGCAGCAGGGUUGUGUCGUUUGAUGCCUGAUAGAAAAGUCCUGCUGUGAUGUGACCGAUUGAAUCAAGGCCAAAAGACAGUUUAUGUUCAAAAGCACUGUCAGUUUUGUGGUUAGGGCUGGGUGGUUGAAAGCAUCUGCUGCCAUUUUGAUUUUGAUCAAAGUGAAGGUAGAAUUUUAGUGACAAACUUUCUUGGGCUUCAGUGCAGUCAAACAUUGUGGAGCAACACGGAUCAGGCAUAACACUGUGACUAUGGCACCUUGAUAGUAGAUCAGGUAAAGUAUCAGUGAGAUCCUCCCCAAAUUUACAGCUCUUGGUAAACCCGAUAAAGGAACAAUUGUGAACCAAAUUCUGUAGCUCAAAUUGGCGAAUCUAAACUAGUCCUGAUAGACGAGUGCAUCACAUUUUCAGUGUUUCCUUCUGGUUUAUACUCAGACUAUGGGUGGCACAAGCGAUCCAUGUAUGAAUCUGUUUUAUUUCAUGCAAUAUGGGACAUUUGUAUACCUGCAAAAUUGUCUGUCCUGUCAAAAAAACAGUGAUGCAGAUUAGAUAUAGUUACUUCUAUAUGUUUAUGACAAUACUACAACCAAAAAGUAUCACAGUUUGUAUUUAAUACAUAUUUUUUUAGCUUGUUUUUCGGGGGGGGGGGCAAAAAUUAGACUAUAGGAGGCAACCAUUGUCUCCUCUAUUAAUGAAUGCAUUUUGUAUACAAGAAAGCCUGCGAUAAUGCUAUACCUGAUCCGUGCACGGCAUCCAACUUUCCCUUCCUUCUACAUCCUACGUUUAUUGUUUACAGUUAACAUACUUUAAUUCUCUACAUGUGCAAACUUGAAUUCAGUGGUGUGACCCAAAGAGCUAAUGACCUUUUGUUUUUAUCACAAUAUGGAACCAAUGUGAUGUGAAGUGUUUUAUGAAAUGACCAGUCGUCUUUUGUGCUGAGGUUUUGUUUGUGUACAGCUUUCUGUCGUAUCUCGUUUAUGCAUUUACUUUACUAAAGCCCUGCCAUUGUCGGAGAUCAAGGUGACUUUGAAGUGCACUGUCCAAUCACAUUCCUCCCUCACUCCCACAGUUUAACAUUAGUGUUGUAAAUGUUCAAUGCAACCCUUGUUUUAUCAUUCCUGGGAGUGAGACCUAUUCAAUAUUCAUUUAUAGAUAGGCAUAUGGCAUUAUAUAUUAUAUUGUGUUGUUUUUCUGUGUCAAAGUGUCCACUUUAACUAUAUUGUACAUAUGCAGACAUUAUGAAAGCUGUAUUUACUUUUGAAGUUUUUGUUUUUGAUGGCUUUUUUGCACACCUACUGUACCUCUUCCGUCUCCCAUCCCUUUCCAUAAAGUUAGCUACAUGUUAACAUAUCUGGGGAAACAGUUAAAUCGGGCGUAGUUUCUAUUUGCUAUACUAAAAGAAACACUAACUGUAAUAGCUGAUUGGAGGUGCCAUUUCUUCAAAGCUGUUAACUCAAUCCAUCUGCCCAUUUGUUGGUUUUAGGACCAAGGACCAAAUGAAGCAAGAUUGAAUGGGCAAAUUCUUUUUAUAUACUUUAGCUCUACUCACCACCCCCAGUCAAGCUAACAGGCAGUGUAAAUUUAACAUCUGUCACUUCGAAUGGUGCUCUUUUAUGAGGUAGCUGCAAUAUGGUGACCAAGGAUCUAAUGUGCAAAUCUCAGCAUUUUAUUGUAUGUCGUGAGUGAAAGCCAUAGGCCAAGAGGGACAUUCAAACUUGCUAAACAUUGACGGACACAGAACCACUGAGCCAUAAGAAAAUGGCAAGAGUCCUGUCUGUAGUAUAUAACUGAUUUACUUACGCAUAUUUUCUGAUUUUGUAAUUGCCAGUUCAUCUCAUUUAUGCGGUUAUUGUGAUCACAUUGCCUAUUUUCUGUGAGAUUAUUGCUAUGAUUUUGUGAAUUUGAUUUUCUUGUUCUCAGAUUUGUUCUGUAUUUUGGUUGAAUCUUGAAAAGUGCUGUGAACGAUAUUUUGGUCGCUGUUUCUGCUGACCUGGUAUAUGUGGUUUUGUGUGUGCGUGUGUUCGUGUUGUAGUUGGUGUGUGUUUUUUGUGCACAGACGUAUUUUUCUCUGAUUGUCAGUACAAUGCUCUUUUCUCUCUUCCCUUCCAUCUCUCGCAGAGGGACACCAAAUGACUGACUUUAGAGUAUAUACAAUCAAAGAAAGCACAAAAGGGUUUUAGGCACAAGCGGCACACUCAGCCCCCUCCUUUCGUCCUGUAAUGGUCCAGAGGUGGGAAUCGUGACUGGGCCCAGCUCUUAGAUUGUGGCACUUACUUCAAAGCUGAGUGAGUUGGGCAUCAGAAGGUUUAUCUGUGAAAAGGGCUGAGACAACAGGUCAUUGGUAGUGUCUGUCUGCAGUAAUCACAACAUGUAUAUUGCCUACAUAUUCUAAAUGAAUCAGAUAUAAGAAUGUACUUAGAUAUAAGAUGUAUUAUAAUUAUAGUGAAGAGUUUAUUACAUUUAAGUGAAGGAUUUGUGCUUUACACUCACUAAAAAGAUGAACCAGCUCACAGAUAUGCAAUAAGCCCUAGAUACAUAGACACACAACACUUGGACAUACAAAUUGUUGAACAGCACCUGUUGAUUACUGCUACAUUUCAUGAAAAAUGCAAAUGGGGAGCUACAGGCUUGUUGGGGAAAAGUUUUCUUACCACCUUGUGUUCUCUUCCUCCAAGAGGAACUGUGCAUUUUUGCACUUUAAACAAGUGUCCCACCAUGAUGUCCAUAAGACAAGGGUUUCUAUAUUAUAAGCAGACAAUUUGUGGUGGGUGUCACAGCUAAGACAUUGUUUACAAUGUAAUGGGAGAAAAUAUUGUGUACUCUGUCACAGUUUGCUGUUCAAUAAACUCACAGUCCUCA